ACGUAACCUUGGUAACGAAGUCGUACGUCGUCUCCUCGUGUCGUUUUCCCUGCCCACCUAAAAUACACGAGCGUUUCACUUUUACAGGCAAGCAUGGCUUCUUCGGCUAAGAGGAGAGCGGUGGGUUUAGAUAAAAAUCCCGAAGAGAGCGAGAAUAGCUCUGAAGAGAACCCAGAGGAUGAUGACGAAUCUGCCGAUGAGGACAGCGAUGAAGAGAUCAAUGAGGAGGUUUUGGUGGACUUCGAAGCUCACGCCAUUUCCCACAACGACCACAACGGCAUCAAGAAACUGUUGCAAAGGCUCUUCCUGAAGAGCCAUGUAGAUGUAUCAGAGAUGACUGACAUCAUUAUCCAGCAGAACCACAUUGGAAGCGUCAUCAAGCAAGCUGAAGUACCCGAGGACAGCGACGAUGAUGAUCCAGAUGAAGUGUUUGGCUUCAUCACCAUGCUCAAUCUUACUGAGAGAAAGGGUGUGCAGUCAGUGGAGGAGGUCAAAGAUCUGAUUCUGGACCAGUGUGAGAAAAACGCUCCUCACAACAUAACUGAACAGCUUGAGAAGAUCUUCAGCGACACAAGCAAGCCUGUAGGUCUGCUGCUGUGUGAGCGCUUCAUCAACGUACCUCCACAGAUUGCCCUUCCUCUGCAUAAACAGCUUCAGGAAGAAAUGGCUGAAGCCCAGAGGACAAAUAAACCCAGCGGGAGGUGUCACUACUGCCUGAUGAUCAGCAAGACCUGCAAAGAGGCAACCAAAAGUAUCCCAGCCAGAGGGGGGGCUCCCAAAGAGGAGUACAUCUUCAUUAAUGCAGAGGAGGAAUUCUUUCAUGAGCAAGCCAUCAUAAAGUUCCACUAUUCAGUCCAAGAGGAUACUGAUUCCUGUCUGAGUGGCAGGUGGUCGUUUGAUGACGUUCCCAUGAAGCCUUUCAGGACCGUGAUGGUCAUACCUAUGGACAGAAUGCCAGCUGUAAUGGAAAAGUUAAAGGAAUAUCUAACUGUUUGAAAAGAGACUCUAAAUGAAGACCCGCAGUCAUGGAAAUGAUGCAAGAGUCCUUUGGGUUUUGGUUAAAACAUCAACUGCUUUAUCUUACAUUUAAUUUUGUGGUUUAAUAAUUAAAACAUAAAAAAUAAACAGUCAUUUUCAGUGACGGGCAGAAACAAUGCCAGAAGUUACAAAUGACUGAAUCCAGACUCAGAAAAAACAUCAGUUGUUUAAAUGGUUUAGUCUACCUGAACAGUUUUCAAAUAAAGAUUCUUUAAUAUACUUUACAAACACAGUUGGAGAACCUAAUUCCUGAAAACCCAAUCUUAUGGCUAUAUCUGCUGAUUUAAAUGGGGAGAUGGUGACCUACUGUUUAUUGCAUAGAGCUUGGAAUCCUGAGGUUCUGAGUUAGAGCCCCACAGGUUGCCAUUCAGGCUCCUUGAGCGAGACUUUAAAAAAAAAUGGCAGGAGUGACAGCCUAGAUAGGGCACUAGGGGAUGGGUUAAAUGCAGAGGGUGAAUUUCGUUGCUCUGUGGUAGUGUAAUGUCAACAUAAAAAGCUGGAAAAAUGAGAGCAGAUACAUUUCUGCCUUUCAGUACCUUCACUAUUUUGAAAUACUGUUCCUCUGGCAGCACAUUUGAGUAUAACAUUUAUCAUAACCCCAAAUUCUGAUGGUUAGGAUAGGUUUCAGACAUCCUGUGAUUUGUACAUGCCUUAAAGAGCCAGAAGAUGGUGAACUAAAGGUUUUCUUGAAUUUAUUUUCUACAUUUAGCAAAGUAUUGCAAUAGAUACGGCCAUCUUUCUGCAGCUAAUGCUUCCUACAUUUAUUCUACGGAUUAAAAUCAGGCUUCCUGCAGGACAUUAAAAUUAUUAUUUUUUUAAUUAAGGCCUUAAUUGGCAUUAAAAUUCAUUAAAUGUGAUUGUCAUGGCAGUUAAAUGCUUAAUAAAAAAUGAAAAAAAAUUUUGGCAAAUAUAUCAGAUUUAACUGGUUCCACCUGUUUGCUCCUGCUCCUGGUUGAUCCUAAUGCAGCCCGUCAAUGGUUACGAUUACGAAGGAUUUGGG